AUGACCCUCAAAAACGACCUCGCCUCCAAAAGGCGCCGCACUCGCUCCGACUACCCCUUCCACAUCGAAUACCAGACAAGAUGGCUCGACAACGACAUGUACUCCCACCUAAACAACACAAUCUACCCCGUCCUCUUCGACUCCAUCGUAAACACCUACUUGAUCAAACACUGCCGCCUGAAUCCGUUUACCAGAAGCUCCAGCUCCAGCUCCAACACAAACAGUGGCUCGUCUGCAACGCAAAUCGGGAUCAUCGUCUCCGCCUUCUGCGAUUACUUCGCCUCGGUAUCCUUCCCAGAUGUUCUAGACCUCGGUCUACGCGUUUCCAAGCUGGGUUCAUCCAGUGUCACGUACGAGGUGGGUGUGUUUAGGAAGGGGGAGGAGGAUGUAAAGGUUGUUGGGGGGUAUACGCACGUUUUUGUUCCGAGGGAGACUAUGAGGCCUGUUAAGGGUGGGAUGGAGGGGAGGAUUCGGGAGGGGUUGGAGAAGUUGGUUGUUGAUGGCAGUAAUGAGUCCAAGCCCAAGUUGUAA